AUGCAACAAAGAAAAUUAAAGGCCAUAAAUUCCAACCUGAUAUCUUUUGAUUAUAAGCUGGCGUCUGUUGUUUCGAGCUUACGCGACUUGAUGGAGAGAGAGAAAGAGACUAAACUUGUUUGUGUGACGGUAAAACUGGCUAGAGGGAGGUUUACAGAGCGAAACGGCAGUACUCGGGAGAAACUGGAAAGCCCGGCGGGGUGGAUUGUUGCUCUUCGAAAUGUGAUCAGAAAUAAAUGA